ACCUAGUGCUAUACCGUCAAUCGCAUCAAUUGCAUCCUGCACCAACGAAGUAGUGGGAGUCAAUCCGCCUCAACCGCGCUCAUCUUCAGCGAAAGCUCCGAAGCGCUUUUCCAAGUUCAGUCCGACAGCGGCACUGUUACCGAAAGCUCUACGGUUUAAAAGUCCCUCUUCGGUCACGCUGAUUCUUUACGUAGAAUAACUGUUCACUCACCGGAACGUCAGUUGCGAUUUGUUGUUAUGUAGUUGGGUCGUCGUGGUAACUUGGUUGAAUCAAUAAACUUUGUUCAGUUGCCGGCUUCAUUUGCACUGUGAAACUUUGUGACAACCGAAAACUUUUCAGUGCUCAAAUUCGAAAAUUUAGUUCGCGCUUUUGAACAAUUGUAUUGGACAUGACCGCCUCCGGUCACACCGUAUAGUUUCCGCAUAAACAAUACCCGCAUCAUUGAAAGAAGAAGCAACAAAAAAACAACGAAAAUGGAUUUGUUCAGUUCAGUUUUCCUGCACCUUUUCAUAUUCGGCCUCCUGAGGGCCACCACCUGCUUGGAGAUGCGAAAUGGUGCCUACCAGGACUUGGUGAUCAAAAUUGCUGACAACGUUCCUCAGAACGAGUGCAGGAAAUUUUUGGACAAUUUAGAGGGAACGCUGACAAGUGCAUCAGCAUACCUGUUUUCCGCCCUAGACAGUAGGGCCUACUUUCGAUCAGCAACUGUUUUACUUCCUUCGUCAUGGCCGGACUCCUGUGCGUCUACAGAGGUUUUAGGCGCUUCCGGAGAAGUUUCAGAUAUAACGGUUCUACCAUCGGAUCCAAUCAGAGGAAACCUCUACACCCAACAAACGCUUGGCUGUGGAAGACCCGGAGACCAAAUUUUUCUGAGCUUCGAGAGCCUACAACAUCGAAAUCCCGCUCUACCUCGAGCUUUGAUCAAAGAAUUCGCCAUGUACCGUUAUGGAGUAUUUGAAGAGCAGGGCUACUUCAAUGAUCCCGUAUACCCGAUGUGUUUUAUCGACGAUCUGAAGAAGAAAGUUAAAGUUACUGGAUGCUCAGAUUUGCCAAUCAACGAUAACGGAGCUUGCUCUUCAGAUGACUCCACGCCUUAUAACGUUACUGAGAUGGUCGAUCCAGACGCGAGAUCGUCAAUUAUGUUUACUGCUGAAGCUCCUUGGGUCUCAAUGUUCUGUGAUGACGGAAACCAUGAUCGGUAUGCACCGACUAAACACAAUCUGAUUUGCCAGAGAAGAAGCGUGUUGGACGUGAUUUUAAAACAUCCCGACUUCACUGAGGGUGGUGAUCAGCACAGUUUCAGUAGCAAUCAAAUCGCUGAUACUGCUCCUCUGAUUGUUUUUAAGAAGCAAAACUUGACUCGUUAUGUCUUUGUGGUCGAGAGUAAUAAAGAUAUGCUGCAGAGAGAGUCUUGGACCUACUUGCGCUUGGCUAUUCGAUUUUGGGCAAAGCACAUUGUUCCCGAUAACACCGAACUGGGCCUGGUACUUGCCACCGCAACCCCGAACAAGUCCUUCAAAAUUAUGAGCAUGAAAAGCAGCAUUAACAAGUUUGGGUCUUUUAUAACUAACAACCCGAACCGAGAUAAUUUCUACUCAGCUCUUCCCUACACACCAAGCGAAUCUUCUCAGCCUGGCUGUCUACAUUGCGCUUUAAAAAUCGCCAUGGACAUGCUGAAUGAGCGAACAGUUUCGAAUGGCCCUGCAAGCAACGUUAUUAUCGUUAUAGCUCCCGGUAUGAUGCUUACUGAUCAAAUCAGGAAUACUGUUGACGACUUGAAGCGAAAUAAAAUUCGAGUGGCCACGAUUAACUAUCCAGACAUUGUAAGACCAAAUACUUUGAGAUAUCUUGCUGAAGAGACCAACGGAUAUGAUUAUACCAUUUUCGAGAAAAAGUUGAACGUGGCUACGACGAUGCUGACCACUUAUUUUGACCUCUACAAUGUCCUAAAUGAUAUUGUGCAGAAAUUUUACUCAGGAAGUCAAGCUGAUCUUCUAGUUGAGAUUCAUCGUAAAGAAAUAACUGAUAAAACUGGCAGACCGCUGGUGAGUGGAACUUUCAUCCUGGACCCGAGCAUGACUGAACAAGUGAAGUUUACCUUCUUCACCUACAACAACUACGCCCCCUUGUUCAAAGGGUUGAAACUCACCAGCCCAAGCAACCACAUCUACGAUACUAGAAACGACUUAUACAUCGACUUCAAGAUGAUCACUUUGAAUGCCAACUUCUCUGAGAGUGGAACAUGGACUUACAACGUGGAACCUUACGCUGGAAACCCUCAGCCUCACUAUUUGCAAGUUUUGGCCACCCCCAAUUCCGCUUACGUUCCAGUCGUGAAAGCGUCAUUUAGAAUCCAGAAACUCAACGCCGGAUUGUUAGUUCUUGUGGCCGAAGCCAAGUAUGGCGAUUUGCCAAUCCUUGGAGCCAAAGUUGAGGUGACAGUGACCAAGCAAGGAGUGAAUGAUACAACCCCGCAAACUUCAAUCAUCUACUUGUUGGAUUCUGGGUCUGGAGACCCCGAUAUCACUAAAGGGGAUGGAGUUUAUACGAGAUAUUUCAGCCCUGAGGAUGCGGGCCUACACACUUUUGAAGCAGUUGUUAGCAACAAUGAUAACACGGCUUAUACAUGGAGUGCUUCGAAAAAUGAAGAACACAGGCCUUGUUGUGGCAGCUCGAUUAAAAGCAACGGCGCCCAACAGAUUGCCCCAUUCCAACGAUUCCUGACCAAGCAAGCUCUGAUCAUCACAAUGGACGAUAUCAAAGAGCAGUUGGAAAAUCCCAUUCCAGUUGGCAGAAUCGGAGACUUGCGAGUAGAAAUAUAUGCUGAAGACAUGAAAGCCAAACUCACCUGGGCAGCACCUGACAUGGGAGGAAACCGCGUGUCCCGAUACGAAAUUAAGUAUGCAUAUAACGUUUUGGACAUACUGGACAAAUUCGAAACUGCCGCUAGUAUUUGGGAUACUGGAAAUAACGGCCCUUAUCCCAUGGACGCUGGUUCCGAAACAACUUAUAUUAUUGAUAUGUCUCAGAACAAGGAACUGCUGGAUAAGCCACUCUAUUUUGCUGUGAAAUCGUACGGCACAGUGGGAGCAGACUUAUCUGGACCUGUUUCUAACUUUGUUAGAGUUCUGGUUCCAUCUCCACCUCCUCCACCGACGAUCGCUCCAACAAGCUCACCAAAUGAACAGUCCAAAUGGCCAAAUCACGUACAUCCGAUUGGAGGAGAUCCCGUUGGUCCAAGGAUUGCAAAGAGUAUGUCGGUGGGGUUGGAACUAAUCUUACCAGUUGCAAUUGGAAUCAUUCUUUUGGUAGUACUGCUAAUAGUCUAUUGCUACUUCUGCGUGGUCCGAAAGAAGGCUAGCAACAACCACAAGUCAGCGAAAGCAAAUGCAAUUAAAAAAGAUAACUUGAAUUCAACUAUUACUAUCGUCCCGAGCAGCCCUCAACAUAAUAACUCUUCUCCGCAACAUAAUACUUAUCAAAGCACUGAAGCUCCCGAUCCACACCAGGUAGGCGUGCCUGUGAACAACUAUGCAUAUGAAGAUGAAACGAAGAAGCGAUAUUCUUUGGUCAACCAACAGGAACAACAACUUAUCGAAGAAUUGAAGCAACAGCAACAGCAUCAGAUGCAGCAACAAAGGGAUAACUUGCCACCUGCGUAUUCAGGACUGAGCGUUAUUUCCAACAACACCAUAAACCGAAAUGGACAGCCGUUGAGUCCAUACAACUCUUGGAGCGCGUCGCAACUGCUCCAUGAGCACGAAAGACGAUACAGUCCAAUGGAAAAUAUGAUGAAUGAGGAGCCUUUGAUGACCCAUCAAGAAGUGCUAGCCCAGAUGGAUCACAUGUCAAUUAAUGGUCAAAGCAUGGAUCAUAUGAACGUCAAUGGACAUCAGAUUGUUGAACAAUACCCACCUCCAGUUCCACCUCUGCCAGCUUUUAAUAACGGGGGGUAUCCAGUGAAUUACAGCAUUUAUGGUGUUCAUCAAGGCCCCCCUCCACAGAACCAGAUCUACCAAAGCAUGCCCAGAGAUCAAAGCGUUCAAUUUAACCAAAGCCUUCAAGGAUCCAUGACCUCAGUAAAUAGCGGAGAGAAAAAACGUAGAAAUGUGACAAUGGUAUAACAAUACGUUGUAUAUAAAAGUGUGAGUGUAAAAGAGAGUGAAAGUUGUACAAGUUUCUUGUGAAUGCCUGUCUUUGUAUAUUAUGUAUAAUUUUUGUUGGAUCUGUAUAUAUAAUUUUGACUAGUCAAAACACGCUGUAUAAUAAUGAACUUGUUGUCUUGUGAACUUAAUGUGAAAAGUAGGCUUAAAGGUUGCCGUCUGGCAAUUUAUAUUAUCUUCAUGCUACUUAAUAAUAAGAUGCCAUUAUUAAACAUGGCGUUAUCUACUUGACUUUAUAAAGCACAAACUCUCGAUUCACGUAACUUUAUACAUUGUAGUUAAGUAAUGUGUUUGUAUAUAUCUUACCCUUGAAGCCAGUACUUAUAGUAUUAUACAUUAUAAGGAAUAUCCAAAAAAAGAAACGUUUUCGUUUUAGAAAUGCAUUGUUAAAAAGACUGAUCUCACUUUUAAUUUUGUUUUUAUUUUGUUUAGUGGGGUUUGAUUUUCAUAUUUUAUUGUACAUAGUUUUCUUAGAUAUAAGCCACCAUGUACAAAAUAUUUUGUAGGAUGAAACUUUGAUGCCAGUAAAUAUUUGUCGUAAUUGA